UAUUACACCCAUAUAUAGGUAACUUUCAUUUUCUGAGUAGUGGCUCAAUGAUAACGCCCAAACAAGUUUUUUUUACUCGUACAACACCGCACUUUUCGUAUGAUGGAACACUAUAGUUCAGGUCAAACUAUACAUGACUAUAUCUAUGUGUUUGUCCAACCAUGACCUGCAAUUCUAUACCGAAAAUACCACAGAAGAAUAAUGGGGCGCUGUGCAACAAGAUGUCGGACCGUCCUGCGCAAUGCCGAGGAACUGAGGAUAAAAUGGACAGGAGUUAAAAAGCUGAUAAGACGUUUAAGCGGUGGAUACCAUCAUGUUGGCGACAGAAUGAUCCAGACGAGAAUUUCGCAUCAGCUCUCUUCUUAUGUGGCUCUUAUGUUACAAUAGGCAUGCCUUCCCCACAACGGACGUCAAAGGGAGGUAACCGGGGCAUUAACCUGGAAACCAUCUUCGCCUCUUUGGUUGUCUCAGCCUGCUUGUGUUCGCUUCUUAUUGCUCAUUUGUCUCGCCCGAACGUGGUUUACGUAGCAACGAGGAAGCUUCAGUUCAAAACAGCUGUCCCAAUUAAUUCUUUUCAAGGCGGAAUACAUCAGGUAUCCCUUGAAGCAGACGACCCUCGUCCUCGUCACGUGAUACAUGAUAAAAUCGAAAGCGAGGUUGCCUCUAGUGGUGUUCUUCCGUGGUUCAAGCCCGUUCCCAGUCCAUCCAUCGCCCCAGGUGUUCAACAUCCGUAUUUCGAAGGCUACAUCAUAGAAAACAAGGACAUCUGUAAAAACCAAAGAGUUGAUAUUUUGAUUUAUAUGCACAGCGAAGUAAGUCACUUUUCUUCCAGAACGAUUUUGAGAGAAACUUGGGCCGGUCUAAACAAUUUUAAAGAUAUUCGUGUAAAAACAGUGUUUUUCCUGGGUGAUGCAGCUCACCCUGAAGACGGCCCCGGGGUGGGCCUUGAACAGUCCACAUACAACGAUAUAGUCCAGGGGGAUUUUGUAGAUGUGUUUACCAAUUUAGGAAUCAAAGCCGUUAUGGUCAGCCAGUGGAUAAGCCGACAUUGUGCACAUGCACGAUAUGUUAUUAAGGUUGAUGACAACAUAUUUUUGGACAUUUUCCGUGUUACCGAAUUGUUUAUACCACAAAUCUGGCAUAGCCCCACAACAUUGAUGUGUCAUUUUCAGAAAGGUGAAUCUCGAAAAAUCCAGCGAGACCCUCAUAACAGAUGGUACGUCCCUGUUCAUCUGCUAGCCAACAAGACGUAUUAUCCGGAAUUUUGUUCUGGUUAUGCCAUUCUAAUGACCACUGAUGUCAUGCCGAUUUUGUACCAGGGUAGUUUCAAGGCUCCACUGAUAGCAGUGGACGAUGCUUUCUUGUUUGGAUUGAGCGCGCCCACUGUCAAACCUCUGAAGUAUGUAGACAUCUCACGUCACCUUAGCCUUCAACAGGAUGUCCAGCUGGGGGAAUAUACCAGUGGAGCACCUAUUACACAUACGGCGUGCAAAGUGAAAGACUCAGCCGGGUACCGGUCUCUGUGGAACGCCACCUUGAAUCGUCUGACAGACUGGGCACUCCAGCAUGCGAGUGUACAUGUCCUCAAGCAAAGACAAUCCCUGGAAAGAGGCACAUAGACAGACAUACGAGGCUUCAAUGUAGUCAGUGAGGAUCAUAGUGGCCCAAGGGUCAUAGGUUACACGAGCGCAUUGCCGAGGGUUAUAGGUUACACGAGCGCAUUGCCAAGGGUUAUAGGUUACAUGAGCGCAUUGCCAAGGGUUAUAGGUUACACGAGCGCUUUCAUUUUUCCUUAUUGUUUAUGAAGUAAAGUUUUCAACUUCAACCUCAAACAUAUAUAUCACCUGCCAUGCCAUACCACCACAUGUAGCUUGAACUUUUCUCGAUAACAUAUCAAAAAAUGACCUAGAUUGACCACCAUUAUUUUGAGCUGUGGUUGCUGGAAGUAAUUGUCUGUGUGGCAGUAUAACCCAAUCAGUGAUCCUUCACGCUUCAGUUCGGAGGCAAAUCUUAGACCAAAUUGCCCGGAUUGCACAUGUCAAGACAUUAUACAGGCUUCAAAUCUCAGCACGUGUAUGUACAUUAAAAUCAUUAAUCAAGUUAUUCAGAGGAUGGGAGAAAAUUACUGUGUGAAACUAAAAAGUUGUCAAGUUCUCCUCAAAAUCCUCAUUUUCGUUUCAAAUAUAGAUUGUUUUUCUUUGUAAAAAAAGUGUAAAUUUAAAUGAACCAGGUAAAGUGUUUUUGGUAAACGGUUUUGCCUGUAAGUUGGACGGACGGAUCGUUGUUGUUGAUCGAGUCUUGUACCAUGGUCCCAAUUUUGACAUGGGUCCAAGCUGUGUACUUAAUUGUAAUCCGCCGCUGUAUCUGAACAGUUGUGUUUGUAAAACUGGUGUGUAGUGGCACAAGCUCUGGGACAAGCACUGAAGGCACAACAGCACAGAAUUGCUUGUUUUCACAGAGCUUGGAACCGACUUAGUGAACCGAUUUAGGCGAGAAAUGCUCUGAAACUUUAUUUCUGCCGCGGUUAGAGGGGGUUGAUUUAUUAGACAACGUCAGUGGAAAGCGGUCAUGAUCAUACACGUCUGGCUCUGCGUUUAUAACCAGCAAAUUACCGAAGGUCGUGGGUCCCCCCCCACCCGCUCUGUCCGAUUUCCUCCAACAUAAUGCUGGCCAUCGUCGUAUAAAUGAAAUAUUCUUGAGAACGACGUAAAACACCAAUCAAAUAAAUAAAUCUGUUUAUAGUCAUACACAAACUGUAGUGCAUAUCACACGUGGAUAUACACUUUUCCAAACAUACCAUUUAUUUGCCGUACACAAUAUCCUUCCAUAAUACGUGUGCUGCGCAUGACAAAAUGUAAAUAAGGCACAUGUCAGCCAAACGAGUGUUAUAUCCGCGUUAUA